AUGGCAUCCAACCCCGAGAAGCAACGCGGCAUCCAUGGCUCCUGGAUUGAAAACGCCGAAUGGUGGGACACCACAAUGGGCCUUGACGGGAAUAAAUACUGGCAGGAGCUUCAGAAGCCCAGUCUAGAGAGGCUGGUUCCCGUACAGCCGGGCGGCAGGGCGCUCGAUCUCGCCACGGGCAACGGCCUCGUGGCGCGCUGGCUCGCAGGCAAGGGCGCCUGCGUCACCGCAUCCGACGGCAGUGAAGAAAUGAUCAAGCACGCCGCGCGGAGAAGCUCGCCCGACGAGGCGGACCGGAUCUCGUACCGCGUUCUGGAUGUCACUCUGCCCGAGGCCUUUGAGGACCUUGUCAAAUCAGAGUCGGCGGAGGGGGGAUUCGACAUUGUGACGUGUAACAUGGCGCUCAUGGAUAUUUCUGACCUCGAGCCGCUCGCGGACGCGCUGCCCAAGCUCUUGAAACGGGGCGGCAUCUUCUUCGCGACCCUGCUGCACCCUGUGUUCUUCACCUCUGGGGCAACGCGCUUCGUCGAAGUCGUCACCGACGAGGCCACGGGCGAAUACUGCAACGCCCGCGGGAAAAUCGUCCGCGAGUAUCGCGACAAGGCUCCCUGGCGAGGUGUCGCCGUCAACGGCCAGCCGGCGUUCCAGCUCUACUUCCAUCGCCCGCUCGAUGUUUUGUUGGGGACCUUCUUCAAGACGGGCUUGGUCAUGGAUAGCUUGGAGGAGCUGUACUUUGACGAGGCGGACGCGAUCAAGGAACGGCCCGAGUCGUCGGCGAAUUAUACGCAGAUUCCGGCCAUUAUGGCUCUGCGCUUUCGCAAACUCCAGUGA